GCGUUGCUUGUCGAGUGUCGAGCGACCAUUGUUUUGUUUCGCAUUGGAAAAUCCACAAUGUCUGCCAAUUCGGUUGGCAGCGGGACCAGGCGCGCAUGACAUGCUAGGAGUUAAGUUCGGUUGUACUCGAAGCGUAGGCGUAGGCGGGGCUUGCGGGAGGAGAGGGGGGAGUGCACGUGCCGCCUCGCCACGCGCUCGCCCCUCCUCACUUGUUGAGCGGUCGGUCACUGCUGCUCGCCUAGUCAUUAUCACUGCCUCGAGCGCGUCGCUUGUUGAGAGCGAGAGCAAAAAAAAACAUAACUGUUUCCCUCCGCCGCCGUACGUGCAUCGCGCUAAUAUUUAAUGCCAGUAGUCUUUUGUUAUCUAAACGUCUUUGCCGCGUCGUGUAGUGUACACUCUUGUUAAUUACUUUAUAUUCAUACGGCCGUAAACAAUAAGUAAUAACCGAAACAUUGGAACAAUUGAAUUUCGUUGCAAAAUGCCGUGUUACGAAACACAUAGUGCGUGUUAAGAGCUCCGAAGAAGCACUAUACCUGCAAUUGAAAAGCUUUCAAGAGCCUUAUAUUAUAUUCGCGAUCCAUUGUCGACCUCGCAAUCUCAUCCAAUAACUUACAAUAACGUCUCAACAGAUAUUGUUCCGCUGAGCUCAAGAAAUGCUAACAUAAAAGUGAAUAAAGGUGAAACCAAAAACACAAGUGAACUUUAACAAAUUUGUUUUAAAAUAUGAUAAGGACGAAAGUGUUGUAGACUGUAACAAUAAAACCAGUCGCCUAUGUGCCAUCCUUUGUAGAAUGGGAAUACUCAUGGAAUCGGCUGACGUGAAUCUGGGUUCCGGCUACCGUAAGCCUGAAGUGUUCGCGAUGAGUGGCCCCUCGGAGUACUACGCAUCGUCUUUGCAUUCCAUAGCCAUUAAUGCGAGAGAGAUAGCAUAUGAGAGAGUGGAGCCGAUCGCCCUGAAGACGUACAAACAUUACCAGACGGGUCACCCAGUGAACUACUUCCCGCCUCAGCCGGUGGUACCAAGCUACGCCGCCGCCCCCAGGGCUCCGGUGGCCCUGGAGCUUGUCAAACCUACUGCACCCUCAUACGCUCCUAAUACAGUAACCGUUGCUAGUCCAGCGAAAGUGGAAGUGAAAGAGAAUUCAAGAGUACAACCCCCGCCAAAGAAGAAAUGGUUGAACGAGUACUUGGAGGAGCCGAAGUCUCCGUUGCCGGUGCGCGUGGUGGUGGCGCCGCGGUCCAACGGCGUGGCGCUGCGAGGGGCGUCCCCCCCAGCGCCCGCGCCCGCCGCCCCCGCGCCGCCGCCGCACGACGCGCCCCCCGCGCCCUUCCUCGACUUCACGCAAGAACAUUCCAGGCCGCGCGCCGGCAGCAACGGCCACGGGCCGCCUCAGAUCCCCUCGCCCCCCUCAGUUGGCAGCAGCGGCAGCGGCAGCAGCGGCAGCGCCCCCCGAGCCGGCACCCGGGAGGUUCACAACAAACUGGAGAAGAACCGGCGGGCGCACCUGAAGGAAUGCUUCGAGCUGCUGAAGAGACAGCUGCCGGCCACGCCCGAUGACAAGAAGACGUCGAAUCUGUCGAUCUUGGGGUCGGCGAUACGGUAUAUACAGGUGCUGCGCCGCAAAGAGCGAGAAUGCGAGCACGAGAUGGAGCGUCUGGCGCGCGAGAAGAUCGCCGCGCAACAACGGCUGGCGGCGCUCAAGAGGGAGGUCACCGUGCUCGCCGCCCCCGCCAACGGGAUAGAAACUGUCGUAGAAGAAAAGCCCAGAGACGAUCGAGUCAACGGGCAAGUCUUAGGAAUUCCUAUAAGUAUGACGUCAUCGUCGCCGCCGGCCCGUCUUGAGCCGUCGCCUCCGCGGAGUCUCAACCUGAGCACUAAACUGCGCACUCUGCCCAUACAGAUAACGCCGACCUCCUCGCAGCAGGUGGUGCGAGCGUCGUACGGCGCGCGCCACAGCACGCUGACGCUCACCGCGCUCGCGCCCGCCGACGCCGCGCCCGCAACGCAGUCGUUUGUGUUCCAGAACGGGUCGCACGAGGCGCGGGGAGCGCUGGUGCACCCCGCGCAGAUACACCUGCCGCUGUCGCAGGUGGUGCACUCUGGCGGGCUGGUGGUGGGCGGCGCGCUGCAGCUGGUGUCCACGCAGCAGGGCCUGCGCGUCGUGCACGCGCCGCACCUCAACGGUGUAUCACAAAGUGAUAGCAAUAGGAUAGCAAGAGAAAACGGAAUCGUGUCCACACCCCCUUGUACAGUUUCAGAAAGCAAUGGCAAUGUGGUGGUUAGCGGCCUGACGUCGCUGCCGGCCGGCCACCUCAUACACUCACACACACUCACGCACAAGAUGGUAGAAACGCAAAUGGUGAAAGCGAGCGUCGCGCCGCUCACAGUGAGCGCCCAAUACCUGAGCGCGACCGCCAUAGUCAAGCCAGUAGUGGUCGUCAGCGGCGCCGCCACCCCGCCGCACACCUCCGCGUGAUUCUGCGCGCCUGGUACCUGGGCGCAGCGUAGCUGGGUGAACGUUCACGAAAUGUUGACCAGAUUGACCAGUUUUUGAUGCACGGGGCGUUUAGAGAUGUAGAUAAACGUUGCAGUAUCGCGUUUCGCCAUAAAUACGUUUAUUGGUGGACCGCGUAUUGAAAGAGUUUAUCGAUGUUGGUAGACCCGUGCCGCAAGACCAAAAAUGGAAGUGGAAUUGGUCAUAACAGCGUGGAAGAUCAUUCGUGAACUGAAUUGUAGGUUUUGGCUGUGAGGAUGGUGAAUGGCGAGUCAAGUUGAAAAUCCAAGAAUUGAAGAAGACAUUGAUGGAUGUAAUAUGUAAGAAUUUGUCUUUACAAAGUUCUAUGUAGGUACUUCUGAGGAGAAUAUCUUUGUUAAACUCAAGUACAUAAAUAAUUACGAAUUCUUGUUACAUUAACAUUAUUGUGUGUUGUUAAGAUUCAUCCUAAAAGUUUGUGCGAUGAUAGCAUUUAAUUAAAUACCUACGAUGUGGCUUGACUUCAGCUAAACAAUCUUCACUAGAAAUGUUACCAACUUACUGCUAUGCUACUAUGAUGCCCUGAUACCAAUCUCGCCAGGAGAACUAAAGCCAGUAUAGACUAACCAGGAUUUCAUGCGUCUGUCAAAACUACUGCAAAUUAGUCGAGAACUGUAAUUUUCUGUCAAAACUGUCAUAUCAAAGUGAAGUGUGAAUAGUGUCCUACCAUUCCGUUGGCAAACUGCUGCCGAUACACGGGUUCGUUAUCGACGUAGACAAACGUCACUAUAUCGUGAUUCGCCAUAACUAUUGGGUUGUGUGUAAUGAGUUUAUCGACGUCGAUAGCGGACCCAUGUAGCGGCCGCUGCAGCGAUCCUUAUGUUAAGAAUCGCCAUUUGUAUAAAAUGUAUGUAUGCAAUAUGUUAGCGCAAGGCAAGUGACUAAUUGUGAUCUACGUGGACUUCUUACUGUUAUUAAUUCUUAUUUGUAUAUAAAAAGCUUAGCAAGAUUACCUUCUGUGAGGCGUAUUUAUUAUUAAAUAUUUUUCUAUGUGCAAGCAGAGGAUUGGAGAUGUAUCAUAUAUUUAAUAUUUAUUUUCAUGGCAUGAUGUACUGUUCAAAUUGCUGAGAGAGCGGUCCGCUAUUAUAACCUAAAUCCUAAACUUAGAUGUGAUGUGACGUUUUUAUGUUUUACGUACCUAACUUAUAGAGGUGUAGUUAUUGAAAUUGUAGAAUAGUUACUUUCUGUUGCUGAUCGUCUGAAACAAAAUAUAGGCUAUGUUUAAAAAAAGAUAUUCUGUUCAAAGUUAUUUUUCAAUAACCACACAAGGAGUAGUCUUAGUCUAAAAGUGUCUUGUAUGUUUAGGCUUUCAAAGUAUUUUUUUUAUUUUUAACAUACGAGGUACACAGGAACUUGGUACAAAGAUGUUGUAACUUUUAAAUAUUGACCUGAUUUUACUGAACAUUUCCUAAUAUUAUGAAUUAAAAAUAUGUGGCUUAUUCUUGUUAGUGAAUGGAUACGAUAAAAAUAAUGACAGUUAAUUUAGAUCUUUAUGUAUACCGGGUUUACGGUUUCAAUUGCUUCUUCUGACCGUCCUCUAGAGUGCCUCUUAUUACCAACAUGUAAAAAGGAAUAUUACUGGUCAAUUAGUAAGUUUCCCACACACAAUACCAAUUUAAAUGCCACUUAAGAAAAUAUACUUUACAAAAUCGGGCCCAAAAGAGUUUUAAACUCAAUCAAUGUCAAAUUUCAAAUGCAGCUUUAAUAAAAUAUGUAAUAUUUGCAAUGCUGUGUACUUACAAUUCAUGUAACUAAAAAUGUAAUCAGUCGUUUUCUAAAGUACCUAUCACUCGGCGUCUAAGGUCUAAAGGCAAUCAGAUAUAACCAACAGCACGGGCAUUUUAAGCCCCCACGUAAAAAGAGGGGUUCACCGGUUCAGUAUCUGUUUAACUAUUGUAAAAAUAAAACUAUCUUGGGGUUUUCUCCUGUGCCUUGCGAACUGCGCUCAUGUGUAUUUUUUUUCCAUCGAUGCUGGCAUCUUGGAAGAAAAUAAAAAAAAAAAAAAAAUAUAUAUUUCCCUGUGUUAGUGUAGUGGGUUCCGUCAAAUUCAACGUCAAUAAACGUCACAGAGUGUUAUCCUUUUGCAUCCCGAAGUUACGAUGUCGAACGAUAAUAGAUUUUUAUUGUGUCUGAUUUCACGGGAUUCAACCGGUUAAUAACUUCAUUACAUUUCGAAAUUAAUUAUUGUCAAAAUAGUUUAGAUAAAAUCUUGCAUUUGUACCUGUUACAGAAAUUUUAAGUUCUAAUUUUAAACAAUUGACAGUCGUCAGCUGACGAUUCACUACUCGUACAAGCAAGAUUUUAUAUAAACUAAUUUUACUUUACGAAUGUAAGAAAAAGGACCUGCUCAUUAAGUUUCGGUCAAAUAGAAGUCCGGAUUUUAGUUCCGCUUUAGACCAACCACAGGGCUACAUUACAAAAGAUCAUUGUUACAAUAAUCUGUGAUUAAGCGACAAGCUUCUGUCAUGCUAGAGUCUGUGUAUUGUGAACACAACAUAAGUUAUAUACCUACCUAACUUUGUUUGACCGAACCUUAGUUCGCGUAAUUUCAUUUAGGAUAAAAUAUUAUUUUUUGUCUAAUCUGCUUUUUAUAAGAUUGAGAUGGUACGUCACUUUGCCUACAAAUAGUUUGAAUAAAAAAACAAAAACUGUAAAAAAUAAUUUAAAUAAUAAUACAGAGAGAAUUUUUAUUUUAAUGUAAUAUUAUGAAGCGGCAAUGCUCAUGUAUAUAAAAGAAGGAUGUAGAUUAAAAGUUCUACUAUGUUAGAAAUACACAAGAAAUUUAAAACGAAA